UACAAGUUAAUGGGUCAUAAUGAGGUCUAAUGACAGACAUCGCUUUCCUUUGGGACACAAAGGGCGAUGGAAACAAACAAAUGAUAAGGCAAAUAAAAACAGCAGUCCACCGGUUCUGUGGUGGGUACAGGCUGGUCUGCAUGCAGUGAAGCACUAUGUGAAUGACUGUAGAGCACUGCACUGCCAUUCAGCGUCUUUCUGCCCGAGAGAAAACACUGACAAACUUUUUUACACUGAUGAAUUUGAGGAAAAAAAACUAGAUUAAAAAAUAGCUUAGAUUAAACAUUUUUAUUCGCAAAAGAAGUGUUUUUUCUUCAUGUUUUGGAAUGAAGACUUGUUGGUUUGACUCUUUACAAGCAGGAAAAAAAGAAAUAACUGACACAUCCCUGUGAGAAGAGUUUACGAUUACAGAAGAAGCACAGUCUGGAGGGACAACAGCUUUCUAAGAUCUUUAUCGUGUUAAAAUCAUCAAGGAGUUUAUAAAACGCAUACAUCAACAGGAGAAGCAGGCAACUUUGGAAAGAUCUUACUCAAGUUCAUUAAUGAUGGCGGCUCCUGCUGAUUCUAACCCAAGCCAAACCGUGAAAUAUGAUCGAAAGUCGGAAACGGUGAUUUUCCCAAAUGGGUUGGUUUCUGUGGCAGGUGUCACGGUGGUGACGGGGGGAGCGGAGCUGUCCUGUGGCUCCUGUAUGUUGGCCUUUGCUGUUUGGGGCACCCUGGUUGGUUUGAGUGUUGUGUCGGUGGGUUUGUGGGAUCAUUUGGAGUACAAUACGAGUGGUCUGUCACACCUUCUGGCUCUUGGAUUGGUACUGCUGCUUUCCAGUUUGAGUCUUGUAGCCCUGAUCUUCAUCCUCCGUUUCAUAAUGAAGAAGAGAAGAAUGAUGUCCAGAAGAGCGAGGGCAGAAGCCAAUCUAGUGCUGGUUAAUGAGUAUGCAGAAGUGGUUUUGAAAAAGGUCACGGUGUAAAAGAGUAUGUCUGACCCCUGCUGCUCCAUCUUUGUUUUUCUUCAUCAAUCUUUGCUUAAUCAUGAAAGAAUGUCACAGGAAAUUCACUGGAUUCAGUGCUACAGGAAACAAACCUUGCUAACGUCCUUUGUGAUUUCAGAAUACACAAGCGACGUAUUUGCUUCUACAUUCAUGUCUUUAUUAGACUUAUAUUGUAAAUCUAACUUUUGAAUGAAUAUAAUUCCAGAUGUGUUUAGCUUUUAAGUUGAUGCAAUGACAAUGCAAUGAAUAAUUGCAUAUCUCUUCUUAAAUGUGUAAGCAUUGUGUCAUUUUGUCUAUAAUCCAAGUGCAGCUAAAGUGUAUUUUUGUCAUUAUGUAUUCUGAGUUAAUAAUUUUUUUUUCUUUGUCAUAUACACAGAAAAACACAUGAACACAUGACAACAGGUUUAAUUACGUCACAGCUGCACAGCAAAUGAUGCAUUACAUAAAAUGGUUAAAGUUUAUGUGCUUAAACCCACUGCGUUUCUAUAUACGUAUAUACAUACGCAUUUAUUUCUUUGUUACUGAAUGUGUUAUCAGCCUUUACAAAACAAUAAGUAUUUGGAAAUUUACUGGAGAAUGUAUUUGAAAACUACUUAUAUAGCAAGACAGUUAAUGCUGGGUUUACAUGAAGUUGAACAUUAUUUGUGGUAUGCAUACACAUCUGAUAUAUAUAUAAAUAUAUGUGAAAAAUGUAUGUGAGAAAUAUGUGAUCAAAUAAAUCAAGUGUGAUAAUAUAUGUGAUAAAGGUUUUGGAUUUUUGGACAUAUCGAUGUCUUUUUAAAGUCACGGCAAAUUGGUGGAUGAAAAAUGAGAUCUGACAUGUCUUAAUUUAUAGAGUACUCUAUGUGUUAUAUAUAAAAAUAAAAAUACAUGGAUAUAUAUCACAAUAUAUUUACAAUAUAUUUGUAUUUUCACAUGUUUUUUCAAUAUAUGUAAAGUGGCAAUUCCUUAUGUAAUAUUCAAUCUAUUGGUAUAGAGGAACACGUUAUAUUAUUAUGUUUUCAACAUACAACAAAUUAUUUAUACCAAAUUGUUAAUAUAUAAAAAAUAUAUAUUUUCUUUUGCGUAAGAGUGGUAAUUUGUCAAUGUCUUUUUGAUGGGUAACACCCAAGGUGGAUUUUCUAAUGAUGAUCCAAACCCAAAACAGCCUAUUUUCAAGCCUAUUGUUAUUUUGUUCAGCAAUGUUAUUCUUACUAUUAAUAAUUGUAUUUUAUGUCAUAUGUGACACAAUGUGCUAUUUUAAAAUAAUGAAUAUAACCCUGUAAUGGUUAUUCAAACCUCAAAGAGACACUAUAUUUCUCUAAAGUAUCAUUAGGAAUGCAAAUGUACAGUAAUUGACAAACAUGCUGUCUGUAAAAAGAUCAUCUUUGAAAUUGAAUGAAUGAAAGAAACUCAAUUCAAGUUCUAUGUAAAAGUGUAUGUCUCCAUCUGCUGGUUACUUGUGAUUUACUUGAGGAAAUGUUAUACUGCCCGUCAUGAAAAUGAAGUAUCCUUACCAAAAAGUAGUAUACUUUAAGUUUAUCUUAUUAAGUAUACUUAAGUAAAGUUCAAGUAUAUUUUUAAAUAUACUUUAUGUAUGCAAAUAUAAGUGUACUACUUCUCCUUGGGACUAAAUUGGCCCACUUUCUAGGAGCCUAUAUAAAAGUAUACUUUUGGGAACACAUGAUAGGUAAAGAUUGAUAGCCUGAAUGCACUUGUAAGUCACUUUGGGUAAAAGCGUCUGCUAAAUGCAUAAAUGCACAUUUAAAUGUAAAAAACAAAAAUACUUGGUAUAUACUGCAGA